AACAGUAUUUUUGCGCUGACGGAAGAAAGAUUUGAAGGAAAAGUUUCUUUCAGCAGUUCAAUCUAUUUUUCUCAAUACAUCUGAUUAUUGGACGGUUCAGACUGUAUUCUCUUCAAACGACUGAUACAUGGCUUUGAUCGCUAAUGAUCGGAACUACAAACUCGGCGGUUCGACGUCGACAUGCACUAGGCUUGGUGUCAGGAGAGACUGCAUCCCCAGUAAAGCAGGCGGUGUGAUACAUAGUAAAAUGCAGCCAACAGAAGAAGAGUUUUCCACGGACGGCUUGCCCAAAGCAUUUCUGCACAGUCUACGGACUUUAUUUGACAUUUUGGAUGACGGCAAAAGGGGCUUUAUCCACAUAUCGGAGAUUGAAAGUCGCUGGCAGGGCGCAGACACGCAGGACUUGCCCGGCGGUGUGUUGGAGUGUCUACGAAGGGUCGCCCCACCUCACGGUUACCUCGCUUUCGAGCGCUUUGUUGCCGGGCUGCGAUACUCGAUGCUCAACCCACACAACGGUCAACUGAAGCCUCAAUCUACCGUUCAACAGCCGCCAGUUCCUUCUCAACCCCCCGGGAUGAAGCUCGCUCUGCCACCGUCACACCAGGCGUUCGCGCAGAAACAUCCCGGCACCGUUUCCAACAGUUCGCUCGGACCCUGGGGCGUGGAGAAUAAAGUGCGCCCACUGGGUCCCAGCAACGGCACUAAUCUGCACCAGAACCGCAACAUUCCUAACCACAACCAUCCCAGGCAGCAUGAAGACUUCACCUGUGGGUACGCACCAUUUAGUAAACCCGGAGAGUCGCUGCUCUACCCCUCCGCAUCCUCUGCGACUGCCGGCUGUCCGGGGCGCUACAGCAAAGCAGGGUAUGAGAGGACAGGCCGAAGUUUGGAACGAAUUCCCAAUGUUAUCGAAAGCAGUUCACAUCGGACAGAUACAGCUAGAACGACGAAACAGCCCAACCCGCACCAGAACCGGGUCAGAUCCAUAGAAUCGCUUGCGCUCGAGUCGCCGCAUGCCCAGAAACCAAGUGCAGUGGAGGGCGGGGGGUUGCCACGGUCACAGAGUGAGACCACCACAGGACUGGCCGGGUCCCGGCGCCAUGGGCGGAGCCGCGGCGAGCAGAGGCGGCACACCAUCACAAACGGAGUCGACUACGGGAUGCUGAAACAGAUGAAGGAGUUGGAGCAGGAGAAGGACUCCCUGCUGUCCGGGCUGGAUGUGGUGGAUCGGGCCCGGGAGUGGUACCAGAGCCAGAUCCAAAGUGUGGCUGAGCGACAGAGAGCCAUGGGCCAGAGCAGCCAGUGUUCGGAUUUCUUCACAGAAUCAAGUCAGACUCGUCUGAAUGCCAUCCUUCCAAAAUUACAGGAAGUUAACCGCUGCCUUAAUGACCUCAUAUCUUGUUCUGGAAUGCCCUUCACAGCCUCCGGCACGUUGGCCCCCAUUCCUCCCAACCCACAGCCUGCCCCCCCGCCGCCCCCACAGGCAGUUCAGAGACUGAAGGAUCAGAACCGGCUGCUGACACAGGAGGUAACAGAGAAGAGCGAGAGGAUCACCCAGCUGGAGCAGGAGAAGUCUGCUCUGAUCAAACAGCUGUUUGAGGCUCGCGCCCGCAGCACUCACGACAGCAGCACCCUGGACUCCACCUUCAUCUGACCCCAACAAGACUCCACCUUCAUCUGACCCCAACAAGACUCCACCUUCAUCUGACCCCAACAAGACUCCACCUUCAUCUAACCCCAACAAGACUCCACCUUCAUCUGACCCCAACAAGACUCCACCUUCAUCUGGCCCCAACAAGACUCCACCUUCAUCUGACCCCAACAAGACUCCACCUUCAUCUAACCCCAACAAGACUCCACCUUCAUCUGACCCCAACAAGACUCCACCUUCAUCUGACCCCAACAAGACUCCACCUUCAUCUGGCCCCAACAAGAUUCCACCUUCACCUGACCCCAACAAGACUCCACCUUCAUCUGGCCCCAACAAGACUCCACCUUCAUCUGAUCCCAACACGACUCCACCUUCAUCUGUCUCAAACAGGACUCCACCUUCAUCUGAUCCCAACCAAACUCCACCUUCAUCUGACCCCAACAAGACUCCACCUUCAUCUGACCCCAACCAAACCCCACCUUCAUCUGACCCCAACCAAACUCCACCUUCAUCUGACCCCAACCAAACCCCACCUUCAUCUGACCCCAACCAAACUCCACCUUCAUCUGACCCCAACCAUACUCCACUUUCAACUGACCCCAACCAAACUCUACCUUCAUCUGACCCUGACGAUUCCACCUUCAUCUGACCCCAACCUUACUCCACCUUCAUCUGACCCCAACCAUCCCCCACCUUCAUCUGACCCAAACCAAACUCAACCUUCAACUGACCCCAACCAAACUCCACCUUCAUCUGACCCUGACGAUUCCACCUUCAUCUGACCCCAACCUUACUCCACCUUCAUCUGACCCCAACCAUACUCCACCUUCAACUGACCCCAACCAAUCUCCACCUUCAUCUGACCCUGCCCCCAACAACAAGCACCCUGACUCCGCCUUCGACAGACCCUGCCCCCAACAACAAGCCUUUGGCUUCAAGGUGUCAGUGACCACACCCAGCUGCUGAGAACCUUUCUGAAAUGAAGAGCGAAUCACCAUUCCUUUCGACUGAAAGCCUGAGGGAUCUCCAACUCAUGUUCCCAUGGAGAAUUUGGAUUCAGAUUUUACACAUUGCACUCCUUCAAGGCUCACUCUUUCCAUAUGUGUGAACCUGAACUGGUGCCAUGAAUGAGUCAGCCUGCUGAAAGAUGCUGUAAUACUUAUUUCAUGAAGCUAGGAGUAUUUCAUAACUUAGGCCGUGUGCACAACUGUGUACCUGCUAUUCUCAACGCAUUCUCAGUGUCGAGAGCAACACGGCACCAUAACUGAUCUGACAGAAACAAGGCUUGGCUUCUAUGAAUGAAAUACUUCCUCAAACAAACUAUGGUAGUUAUGUAAUAUUAAGCAAAAAAAUGCCCGUUGUUUUGUUUUGGAUGGAGAAUGUGAAUUACACCUUACAAGUUCAAUGAUUGAUAUAAAAACAAACCUUUCAGAAUUAAAACAGGAGUCAAAUAAAACUAAUCUAAAGGAUCCAUGGUCCACUGGUCAACGGAACCAACGGUGCAGAUCCGUAGAUCUAGCAAAUUGUGAUACAGCCUUUCCAAGUAAACUAAUAGAGUUGUUGCAUGGCAUGUGUGUUUCUGUGGUGCACACGUGCCUGUGGGACUUUAAGCCAGGAUCAGAUGUUUUGGUUCAGAUAAGGCUAAAAAUACACAAAUAUUCAGAUUAAUCUAACAGGGAAUGCUGGUCUUGUACCUGUCCAGCUUUCCGUAGGUCUUAGAUCUCUUUUCUGCUUCAGAGUCAACUGCUCAGCAAUUUUUUUUAAAGGUACAUCUUUUGAAUAUUGACUGCUUAGCAGGACAGAAAUAAUCCAUUCAUAAACUUUUACAAGCAUUACUGCUUUGUGAAAAUUUUGUGAGGAAAUCCAGUCCUUUCUUGACUACUAAUUUACAGUGAGCACAUUUGUAUUGAAUCCUUUAAGUAAGGUGCACUGUGUGUCACUUGUAAGACAUCAUAAGCUGUUGCUUAAAAUAAGCUCUAUACAGUGGGAAUGGCAUCACUAUGAUGAAUUCCCUAUGAAGGUUGUACGACAGUUAACUUAAUAUGAAGGGUGACUGGCAGGUGCAUGGUUUUGUGAUAAUAGCCAUUGUUGAGAUUUCAAUAAUCUCAGUUUGAAAAGGACAGAAGGUCUACUCCUGUUUCCUACUGAGACACAUGGCUGUGAUGUUCGGACUCUGAGGUCGGCGCAGAGUUGGCGUAACACAGAAUAAUCAUAAUAACAAUAAUGACAUAGUAUCUUUUUCUGGGGAGAGGGGUGCAAACAGAGGGUGAAUAUGAUUAGUGGGGUGGGGAGGCAGAGGAAGGAAAUUGCACGUAAAGGAGAUAAAGAGUGUGGUCAGCGUGGUGUUGGCAGAAUAUGGUUUGGAAAAAGAAUGUAGAUGGAUGUGAGAAGCUGAACCCUUCUUGGAUAAGGGAGGGAGUGUGUGUCAUAGGAGUCCCACUACCACAGCACUACUUCUCUUACUACUAUUGUGUGUGUGUGUGUGUGUGUGUGUGUGUGUUCUUGCAGUCUCUAACACAGGACUCCAGUGCAGAUUCAGUGGGCAAAGCUAUUUGCACAGUAUGUCUGGUAUGUGGUACAGUACAACUCAAAUAUGCAUAAAUUUCAGGUGAAAUAAAAACGCUUCACAUUCUAGUUAAAGGGUCAAAGUCCGUAAUUAUCCUACCAUGUUGCCCUGUCAAUAUGUAGGGCAACUUCCCUGAGCUGAUAUUCUGAGUCUGUAAGAAUGUCCUGCUAUUUGCAGCGCUGAAAGGUUUUCAAUUUGAGCCGCACGUUCUUACAGUUUUUGCAGGGGGAAGGGGGGGGGGGGGGCACACCCACUUCCCUGCCACCUUUCCUGGGCUUCUACCGUUCUGGACUCUUAAGAACCAGUGAACCUGGUUCCUUUCAGCUCAACACAUUUGUAGUCCUCCCUAGGCUGGAGCAGAGCCCAUGUCUGGAGGGACGGAAAGAGGGUUUGAUUUGUGAAGGAUGUCAUGCAGCAUGCAAUGGAUGUCCCAUGUCACCAGGGUUGACCACACCCCCAUCCCCCAUAAGCUGCAGGGGUUUCAGCAGAUACGUCUUCCUCUGUCAUGCUGUUCAUUUGACUGAAUGUGUGUUUGUAUAUAUACAUAAAAAAAGAUUAUUCCAUACAGUAUGUGUAUGUGUGCGUGCGUUUUACAAUCUGUGUUUUCAUCUACUUUUUAUCAUUUAAUAACAGUUCACUCCCUUCACCCUUCAUGUCACACAUUAGACCUAAACCUUUUUAUGAAUGUGCUUUGAGAGACAGCACUAUCUAGAUAGAUUUUUUUGCAUGCCAUUUUCUUCUUCUUUGUGAUUUAAAGGAAUGUCGCUGUGGAGAGGAAACACAGCUCUUCUCUCUGUAAAGUGCACUGAUGUUUGCAUGUAGUGUUGAAUGCUCACUCUCGCAGGGGCGAUUCUGUUAUUCUGAAAAUAUGGGAGACAUAGUGACAGCAUUUCCACUGAUCUGGAUCAAACCUCUCCACUGCUCUCGGUCCAUGGGCAGAACAUUUACAAAGAAAGGGACCUGGUAAAAAGUCCUUCUUUUUUACAAAGAAAGGGACCUGGUAAAAAGUCCUUCUUUUUUACAAAGAAAGGGACCUGGUAAAAAGUCCUUCUUUUUUACAAAGAAAGGGACCUGGUAAAAAGUCCUUCUUUUUUAUUAACUGGCUGUUACUAGCACACGCCAUGUGGUGCACAGGCAGUGUACUGGAUUUAGCGCUCCCUGAGCUGCAGGUCUGCAGGCACGGGCGGCUCUGUACACAGGUGUGUCAGGACGGCUCAGGCAACAACCACCAUGGGGGACAGAGGCUGAUCUCACAGCUGUGUCAAUGGACUGUAGUCCAAGGAGACCGAUUUAUUUUAACCUUUACUUAGCCACAAAUUCCCAUGAGAUGGAAUCUAUUUUUCGAGGGAGACCAGAAGUAAAAUACAAUUUGUGUACUUUUUCCACAGACAUGCAUAAACUGUUCAAACCUGGGCUAACCACAAAACAGAACUACCAGCGGCCCCAGCAAAAAACAAAAAACAAAAAAAAAAACCCAAAACAAAUGGGAACUUGUCUACUCAGUCAGAUGCUUGACACCAGUGAUAAUUGAAUUGGUGGAGAACGAUUCAUACAGAUAAUUUAGUGGCACCUGCCUCUGUGUACAGGUGUGCUUAAAGCUACAGUACCAGGUGACAGAGUGAGUGCAGCAGAAUAAAGAAAGGAACAGGGGGGUUAGAGUCUCAGUUAGGCUACACACUGCUUCCACUCUCCUUAUUUCCUCUUCUGUAAAAUAUGACCCACUACUGCUGUAAAUAACAAUAAAAUACCACCUUUAGCUCUGAA